AUGCCUUUAGCUGCUUAUUUCUACUUCAUCAACUUAACGUUUCAUAUUCAAGAUGAGUGCCGAAAAAUGGGAAAAGAACGAGGAAAUUCAAAUAUUCCGGGAGUAUUUGCGAAUUCCAUCUGUACACCCAAAUAUUGACUAUACUGCUUGUGUGGAGUUUAUUAAGCGGCAGGCAGACUCACUCAAUCUCCCCGUGGAAGUAGUUUAUCCCGCUGUUAAAUCAAAACCUGUGGUGAUCAUUAAAUGGGAAGGAAGCCAGCCAAAAUUGCCCUCAAUCAUUGUAAGCUCGCACAUGGAUGUGGUUCCUGUAUUCCCGGAAAUGUGGACCCAUGAACCCUUCUCCGCCGACAUCGACGAGGAGGGCAGGAUCUUUGCACGAGGUGCUCAGGACAUGAAAUCGGUGGGCACUCAGUAUCUAGGAGCAAUUCGCCUGCUGAAGGCUGAUGGCUUUCAGCCAAAAAGGACGCUUUAUGUGACCUUUGUGCCUGACGAGGAGAUUGGAGGCAUCCAUGGUAUGGCAGCGUUCGUUGAAUCUGACUUUUACAAACAAAUGAAUGUGGGAUUCUGCUUGGACGAGGGUGGAACCAGUGCUUCUGAUGUUCAUCACUUGUUCUACGCCGAGCGUAUACGAUGGAUUCUCAAAUUGAAAGUUGCUGGAACCGCCGGUCAUGGUUCUCUAUUGUUGCCCGAUACAGCCGGAGUUAAGUUGAACUAUGUGUUGAACAAGCUGACGGAGUUCCGUGAAUCGCAAAUCCAGCGACUGAAAAACGACCAAAGCCUGAGCAUCGGGGAUGUGACCACGGUGAAUCUCACCCAGUUGAGUGGCGGAGUGCAGAGCAAUGUGGUUCCACCGCUUUUUGAGGCCAUUUUCGACAUACGUCUAGCCAUAACCCUGGAUUUGGUUGCCUUCGAGCGACAAAUUUGCGAUUGGUGCGAGGAGGCAGGUGGCGGCAUUGACAUCGAGUUUCCACUGAAAGAGGCCUAUGUGGCGCCCACCAGGCUGGAUGCCUCAAACCCCUAUUGGUUAGCUUUGAAAGCCGCACUGGAUGAACUAGGACUGAAAGUUAAGCCGAUAGUAUGUUUUGCCGUCACCGAUUGUCGUUUUAUUCGAAAGCAGGGAACUCCAGCAAUUGGUUUCUCACCCAUCAUUAACACUACGGUACUAAUCCAUGACCAUGAUGAAUUUUUGAGAGCUGAUGAUUAUUUGAAUGGCAUACAAGUUUACAAGAAGAUUAUUCCUAAUCUCACUGAAGUCUAGGCAAUGCCUUCUCUCUGUCCAAUAAAACGGUGUUGAUAUACUGAAA